AUGUCUUCGUUUUUGAAAGAUUUGCCAUGUCGAAAUCCAUCUAAUUUCACUCGUAUUCAAGCCACCGGUGCUAUUCGUCAGAUAUCUGUUCGACCGACCUACACUGCCCGUCUCGAUUCUAACGCACAAGAAAUAAUCAACGAUCCAGUUUCUCUUCUUGUGCAUCGUUUAUCCUUGAUACCAAAAAAUGAUCCUAGAAAACAAACAAGAGUUGAGGAUGGAAGCGAAGUGCCAAUAGCUCUUUCAGACCAAACAGAACUUGCUACACAAUCAGCAACAAUAACGAAUCAUCGAAAUGAAGAUCUCUGCUAA